AUGGAGAAUGAUCCAAAUGUCACGGAUGAGAGUGCAGAGAGUGAUCCAGAUUUCACGGGUGAGAGUGCAGAUGACAGUUCUAAAUUUGAGGAUGGUUCAGAGGAAGAUUGGUCUGAUUUGUUUAUGGAUGAGGCUAAUGAGGGUGCAAAUAACAUAACUCAGCGGAAUGAGAAUGAUGACUGGAUGAGGGAAUUCAAUGUGGGAAGUGUUGAUGGGAAUGAGUCUGAAUAUGCAGACUCUGACCAUCUGGUCACUCCAUAUAAUUUAGAUGAGGAAGCCCCAAAAAGGCGCAAAAAGGCAUUGAAAGAAUAUUCAAUUCAACAUGGUUUUGAUUAUAUUUUCAUGAAGAAUGAUAAAUGGAGGGUAACAACAUUAUGCGCUAGGCAUUAUGGGUGGAGGAUUCAUGCAUCACCAACUCAAGAUAAAGCUGCCUUCCAAAUCAAGAGUUUUAUAUCAAUACACAACUGUGGUAAGCGUAGUGUUAUCACUAGGGUUGAUUCUAAGUGGUUGGCACAUAAAUAUCUGGACCAUUUGAGGGAUACACCUGAUUGGGAUGUGGAUCAUGUGGUUGCAUUUAAGAAGCAAGUUCAUAGAGACCACAAUGUUGAUGUUUCUAAGGGACGGUGUUAUAAGGCAAAGCGAAUUGCCUAUAAUAUUCUACAAGGCACACAUGAUGAACAAUAUAGACAACUAUGGGAUUAUUGUGCUGCUGUGAUGAAAUGCAAUUCAGGAUCAACAUUGUUAUUGUCAUGCCCUAACUCUAUUUUUGAGAAUUUGUACGAGUGCUUGGAAGCAUACAAGAAGGGUUUCAAGGCAGGAUGCAGACCUAGUGAGUGUAGAGCCUCCUGGACAUGGUUCCUAACUCUCCUACAAGAUGAUAUUGGUAGUGCACAUGAUAAUGGUUGGAUAUUCAUGUCUGAUAGACAAAAGGGGUUGGAUAAGACUUUUGCUCAAGAAUUCCCUGGUGUACAUCACAGUUAUUGUGUGAGGCACAUUGCAACAACCCAAAUAAGAUUCAACUAUUGGAUGGACGAAAUCAAGAAGAUUGACAUCCAAGCAUUCCAUUGGAUAAACCAACAUGAUCCAAUUCUAGGGUCCAAGCAUACUUUUAAUCCUAAUGUGAAGUGUCACAUCAUAGUGAAUAACAUUGUUGAAACCUUCAAUAGCUGGAUCCUGGAAGCUUGGGACAAGCCCAUUUUGACCGUGAUGGAGAUCAUAAGAAGGAAGCUAAUGAAAAGGUUCCAGACUAAGAGAGAUGGAAUGAGUGCAAGCCAAAUUCAGAUAUGUCCAGGAAUCCAAAACAAGUUAGAGAAGGCCAAAAAAGAUUCAAAUAAUUGUUGUGUUCAGUGGCCAGGUGGUACACUUUAUGAGGUUGAUCACUGUUAUGAUGGAAGGCUAGUUGUGGAUGUUGGGAUGAGGAGAUGUGGGUGUACUAAGUGGGACUUGACUGGUAUUCCAUGCUCACAUGCAUGUGAUGCAAUUUUUCACAGGCAACACUAUCCUGAAGACUAUGUUCAUGAAUACUUCAAGAGAUGA